AUGAUAGACCUCAAGAAAGUCACAGCUACGUAUUCAUACACGCUCGGCGGAGACGGGCCUUACAACCAACAUCCCUAUUCUGCACAUCUAGAAGUGCCGAACAACUUGAUGAACAUCGCGACUACGUAUCUACCCACGGUAGUGCAUACUGUUUCCUGCAUCCUGGACGGAAUUACCCCGUGCGGGACACUUCAUGAAGUUCCCGCCAUUCCCAUCGAGAAGAAGGAAGGCACGGAUAGACCUCUCUCGUGA